AUGGAAUUCUAUCAAACUGGAAGAGUUGCAUGGCCUACUGAAUCUGAAAAUAUUACUUGCAAACAACUUGAAGAAGAACUUGAUUACUUUCAAAUUUUUUUUAAAAAAUCAAUAGUAAUUUGUUCAUCAGCUUUAGAAACUGCUCGAAAUAAUCUUAAUAACAUUAUUUGGGGCUUUGAAGAAUUGAUUAUUUGCUGUUGUAAUUAUCUCAUAAAUAAUAUCAAGUUUGAAAUUGGAAGUAGUGGUAUUUGUGUAAUUGAUAACUAUUCAAGUGAUAGACAUUUUUAUGACUUACAAGAUUUACAAAAGUUUGGUUCUUCUAAAUUUACACACCCUGAGACUCUUAUUAUUUUAGACAAUACUGAAAAUAUAUUAAAAUUAUUUAGUUAA